UUCUGUUGUUCUCUUCAUCUGAAUCUGCCACAUAACACAACUCCCUCACUUCGCUUUCACCCUUCAACCUUCGCUUUUCCCUCCGUUACCGUGACUGAGAUGGCUGGAGGUGUUAUUCAGCAGCUAUUGAGGAGGAAACUUAACCCUCAAUUUACUAACUCUUCCUUGUUGACACCCAUCAUAGCAAAGAAAGAUGAUGCUGGCUCCACUGGCAAUAGGUCCUUAAGAGCACUUGCAUUAAUUGGAGCUGGUAUGUCAGGCUUUUUCAGUUUUGCAUCAACAGCAGCAGCUGAUGAAGCUGAGCAUGGCUUGGCAUGUCCAAGCUAUCCAUGGCCUCACAAGGGAAUUCUUAGUUCAUAUGAUCAUGCUUCGAUUCGUCGGGGUCAUCAAGUUUAUACACAAGUCUGUGCUUCCUGCCAUUCUAUGUCUUUGAUAUCAUACCGUGAUUUGGUUGGUGUUGCUUAUACAGAAGAAGAGGUAAAGGCUAUGGCAGCUGAGAUUGAGGUGGUUGAUGGCCCUAAUGAUGAGGGAGAGAUGUUUACACGCCCUGGUAAACUCAGCGAUCGUUUUCCUCAGCCAUAUGCAAAUGAAUCAGCUGCUAGGUUUGCUAAUGGAGGAGCUUAUCCUCCUGAUCUAAGUCUUAUUACUAAAGCCCGUCACGACGGUCAGAACUAUGUUUUUGCCCUUCUAACUGGUUAUCGUGACCCACCUGCCGGUGUUUCGGUAAGUUAUUCUUUAUCUUUUCUAAAUCUUUUAUUUUACUAUUUAAUAAAGUGAUUUUUAUAGAUUUUG